AUGAUAAAACGGCACUGUGUGGAGGCUGUCGAUCGAACGUUAAAGGAUAUAAUGAGGUGCGACCUCCCAUUUGGCGGCAAGUGCGUCGUCAUGGGGGGAGAUUUUAGGCACAUAUUACCUGUCAUACCGAAGGGAUUCCGUGCAGACAUUAUAGACGCCGCUAUAAACUCAUCCGUUCUUUGGUCGGCGUGCAAGCUGUUCCAGCUCACUAAAAACAUGCGCCUGCAGACGGCAUCAGACGCAAUAGACCAAAAAAAGAUCAGUAAAUUUUCCAAAUGGUUGCUUGACGUUGGUGAUGGUAUAAUUGGACUACCCCAUGAGGGCACGACGGACAUUGAGAUCCCGGUCGAUUUCCUCAUCACAGACUCCCUUGACCCUAUCCACUCUAUAGUCUCAUCCACAUAUCCGGCACUCCACCAGAACAUCACGCAUCCAAACUACCUCACAGAAAGGGCGAUUUUGGCCCCCACGACCAAUGUCAUCGACCAGAUAAAUGAUUACAUGCUGUCACUCCUCCCUGGAGACUCCGUUCAGUAUCUCAGCUCCGACUCUGUCUCCAGCACCGAUCAAGAUAGCAGCUCAUUCCAGGAUUCCCACGAACGUUACUAG